AUGCGCGCGGUUCACGUUCUCCGCCUCAGCUUUAGCCUCCUCCUUUCUUCUACCGCUUUCGCCGACGACGUGCUCAAGCCUCUGGCGCUUUACGGUAGUGGCCAUGCCAUCGAAGGUGUGCUGUCUCCUUUGUCGGAGCAACAUUCCCUCGACCCACAACACUUGCCGUUCGCGCUCGACCUCCAGGAUGAAGAGCUGCUCAUACACGCCGGGGACACGUGUGAGUUAGGGUCUUUAAUUCACUGACUUUCGAACCCCACCUUCACUUCCGUGUGCCGAUCACAAUUUAUGACCAUAACUUCCAGUGCCAACCAACGACUUUACCGUGGCGCUGAUGAACCUCGAGACGAGCGAAGUUCAAAAGGUGAGUGCAUGCACAGGAGCUCCUCCCGCUUCCCAGGCUUAGGUUGCGCAGUACUCGAUCCCGUAGACUGACGCACUAGCGUAUUAUGCAGAUCAUCAAUAUGCAACGUUUUACUACCCUUCUAUCCGACGUCAAGUGCGGAGAACCGUUCACGGCUAUCACCUUCCAGUCGCGCAACGCGUUCGAGUACGCCGCCAAUGCUUGGGACUGGGUCAACUCGAACGACAAGCGCCACAUCCAGAUGAUCCCGUUCUGGAAGAAUUGCUUGUGCGACCAAGGCAGUUACCGGCCGUUCCGCUUCCACAGGAUGACGGUCGACACCGCUCGCUUGACCAUCCUGCUCGAAGGGAUUGAACUCCAAUGGGAGAACGCGAUGCACGCUUUCGAUAUGCACAUCACGGGCGCGAUCGCCCACGGCGACACUCUUAUCCCUCCGGCAUCUUCCAAGCCCUUCGAGAUUCCGGAUGACUUUAUUCUGCUGGAUCAACCUCCGUCGAACAUUUCAACAUUUGAUGACGAGAAACUCUUCGGCAUCCACAUACCCAAAUGGUUCAAGCGAGCCGUCGACGUUUUGACAAAUCACCAGAUUCAUACCACAGCAGGUUACUCGGUUCACCUUGACUACACCGCGGGGACACGCAAGAUUGCCCAAAAUUCGAGGAAGAGGCAACCAGGGAUCUUGUUUGAUGUCGGUUGCAUCUCGUGCCAUUCCAGCGGUCUCAUAAGAUUUGCGAUUGAUAUUCGUUGGACACUUCUCACCGGAAUCGAGAGUUUCGGCGCUUCUGCAACGGCCGAGGACGUAAAGCUCGUCACUGUGUUGGAUUCAAAGCUGAGCGUAAGUCUUUGGCACAUGUACCCAUGCAGGCUCGAUCCUCCACUAACCCGUUCCCUUCGUUCAUGUGAAUUGUCGGUCUGCAGUCUACAACGGUCAGCAGCUUGGAUUAUUCCCAAACCCUCUUCAAUUUUCCAGUUCCCGGAAUCGGCAUCAAUAUACCCAAAGUCUUCACCGCUGGCUUCAACGCCAAGUUCAAGUUCGGUCUCUCGAUAUCGAACUUCCAGGGUCGCCUGGGUCUUACGUACGGAAUCGCAGCCAUCGUUCCAAAUAACGCACAUUUCUACAUCGACUUGGCUCAUAUGACGAAUCACCACCAGACCUCUUUCGCGCCGCAGAUCAACCAUCGCCCGGCCCAAUGGACCGCUGAUGCAAGCGGGACCGCUAGUUUCUCCCUGGCAGCUGGCAUCGGUCUCGAAUUCAACCUUCUCAAUAAAUUCAGUCAGUUUGGCCAUAGAUGCGACUGACACGCACCCUAUGCACGCAUUUUGACCGUUACGUCCUUUCUUUACACUUGAUCCAGAGUACGAGUUGGGGGUCGCACUCAAGGCUCCUGUGUUCAAGCUAAGCUUGGCGAUUGUAAGACCCCAAACGCCCCCCUGCCGACUCACUCACCGGGCUGUGGCGAUCAGCGUAAGCGUUGGACUUGCUUUUGGAUGGAAGGCCGGCAAGGGUGGAUCCGAUUUCUCCGUGACGCAUCCGAUCGGCAGGCGCGCGCUGUUGGAUGGACGGGCCGAUGUCGAAGACGUGCUCAGGAUACCUCGCGCGCUCAUUGAUACCCCUGUCGGCUACGAGCUCCCCCCGACCCAAGACUACCUCGAUCUUGUCAUGGAUGAGCUCGUUCAUACUAUGACGCCAAUCCUACAGCGACGAGGUACCGGAUGGGCCGUGGGGAUGACCAUCUGGGGUGUCGAGUGGCCAUUGAUCACGAACCUCUGCAUUUUGGCCUAUUUUGGCCACCGGCGCGAUUUGGAGGCGACAAUGGAGGACGUGAAGCCGGGUAGGAAGUCAAUCGCUUUCUGA